CGCGGCGGGUCCUGGGACAGGCUUGCUCUCCCUGCCCGCCGGUUACGUCGCCCCUGAGAACAGGGCAAGGCUGGAGCGUGGGUUACCCUCCUGGCGAGAGUGCCGUCCCUUAUUCACCUGUCCCCAAGUUUUCCCGCAGCCGGGGCGUCGGCGAGGUCGGCCCAGCGGGCGGAAGCGGACAGUGCCCCUGGCACGGCCCCUUCUGGCAGCUUCCCUCAGCUCGUGAGGGACCCGCACUUCCCCAUUUUCCUCACGGGCACACUGAGCCGCUUCCGGCAGCGUCGGAGGCCUUGAGUCCGGAGCAGGGCGCACAGGAGCACCACUAGGAGCCAGAGAUUCAGGCAGCGCGGGGUUUGGGGUGCUUCUGGAUGAAUCUUCGUCACCACCCUAGGAUCGCUCGCCAUCCGCAAGCUUGAAAACCCACUUAAAACCAUUUGGGGGGGCCUCUUAAGUGCUGAGUUGGACAUGGCUGAAGGCUGCAGCUGUCUUUUCCCUGACGUCUUCCUCUGAGGCUGGCAGAAUGAUGGAGGAGUGACACUGAUUGUAUGAAAGCAACCCCUUCAGCCAACUCGUGUCUUCCUGGGAAGGCCCCUGGAAGAAACAGCUGAAGAAGUUGAAGGUGAAGGAUUUGAAUGCCUUGCCAAGACCAUUCCGCUGGCUGGCAGAACACAACCCUGCCUAGCUGGAGGAAAACCAGAGAGCAUCUGCGAAGAGGCUGGAAGCUUCAUUUUGCAAACACACAAGGGUGAAGAUAAACCUCUACAUAGGCCAAGCAGAAGAAACAGAAUCAGAAACCACGUAGAAGUAUUCCACAGACACACUUUGGAAAACCUGGCACUACACCAAGCUGCCUCCUGAUUACAGUCUUGUCUGAUACAACAGAUACCCUCAGAUACCUACUGGUGGAUCUAUGACUGAAGCGGAUCAGCCAGGAAGGGCUCCUCGCAGCAUAAAGGAAAGCACUUUUCACACUGUUUUAGAAUGAGAAGUUGAAUUCAUAAGCACACAUAAUUUAGAAGACAUGGGCUGUGGUACUUCAACAACUGCAACGAAAGACAAGAAAUCUGAGAAAGCACUUAAAGCCGCAUUGGUCAUCCAGAACUGGUACCGAGGUUACAGUGCUAGGUUGAAGACCAGACAGCGUUAUGCUCUCACCAUCUUCCAGUCUAUCGAAUAUGCUGAUGAACAAGGCCAAUUGCAGCUAUCCAACUUCUUCUCCUUCAUGUUGGAAAACUAUGCACAUGUACACGAGAAAGAUCCAGAAUUAGUAAAUCGAUUUUUUGGUAGCAGCACCCAGGACAGCAAGGAUAGACAGGACUAUUUGGGAUUGAUAGACGUCCCAGAUUCCUAUUGUGGUCCUCGGCUGCAGUUUCCUCUCACUUUUACUGAUAUUGAUGUACUUAUUGAGGCCUUCAAGCAACAACAGAUACUUCAUGCUUAUUAUGUCUUAGAGGUGCUAUUUGAAACCAGGAAGGUCCUGAAGCAAAUGCCAAAUUUUACUCACACAAAAACUUCUCCCUCCAAAGAGAUAACAAUCUGUGGUGAUUUGCAUGGGAAACUGGAUGAUCUGUUUUUAAUCUUCUAUAAGAAUGGUCUCCCCUCAGUGAGCAACCCAUAUGUUUUUAAUGGUGAUUUUGUAGAUCGAGGAAGAAAUUCCAUGGAGGUCCUAAUGAUCCUGUUAGUGAGUUUUCUUGUCUACCCCAAUGACCUGCACUUGAACAGAGGCAACCAUGAAGAUUUUAUGAUGAAUAUGAGGUAUGGCUUCACAAAAGAAAUUUUGCAUAAAUAUAAGCUACAUGGAAAAAAAAUCUUACAAAUCUUGGAAGACGUCUAUACCUGGCUUCCAAUUGGUACAAUCAUUGACAAUGAAAUCCUGGUUAUACAUGGAGGGAUAUCAGAGUCCACAGAUUUGAAUUUACUCCACCGUAUAGAAAGAAACAAAAUGAAAUCUGUGCUGAUGUCACCAAUUCCAAUAGAUGGAGACCGUGCUACUGAGAAGAAAAAUAAAGUAGGUAAAGCCAUUGCGGCUUGGGGAAUGAAAACAGACGGACCCUUUUCUGAACAGUUAACAAAGCAUGAAUGGGAACAGGUUAUCAAUAUUCUGUGGAGUGAUCCCAGAGGCAAAAGAGGCUGUUACCCAAACACAAGUCGAGGAGGGGGCUGCUAUUUUGGACCAGAUAUUACCUCCAAGAUUCUUAAUAAAUACCAGUUGAAGAUGCUCGUUAGGUCUCAUGAAUGUAAACCCGAAGGGUAUGAAAUCUGCCACGAUGGGAAGGUUAUUACUGUAUUUUCGGCAUCUAAUUAUUAUGAAGAAGGUAGCAAUCGAGGAGCUUACAUCAGAAUGAGUUCUGGUACCACCCCCCGAUUUUUCCAGUAUCAAAUAACUAAGGCAACGUGCUUGAGGCCUCUUUACCAAAGGGUGAAUGCUAUUGAAAGUAGUGCCAUCAGGAUGUUAAAAGAGAGAAUGAUUUCACGAAAAACUGACCUCAUUCGUGCUUUCCAACUUCAAGACCGCAAUAAAUCAGGAAAACUUUCUAUGGGCCAGUGGGCUUUUUCCAUGGAGAACGUUUUGGGGCUGAACUUACCAUGGAGAUCUCUGAGUUCGCAUCUGGUUGCUACAGACAAAGAUGGAAAUACUGACUACAUGUCCAGCUUCCAGGAUAUCCACAUUCAAAAACCUGUGAAAGAGGUUCAGUCUACUUUAAUUGAAACAGUGUACAGAUACCGAUCUGACCUGCAAAUCAUCUUUAAUGUCAUUGACUCUGAUCACUCAGGCCUGAUCUCCAUGGAAGAAUUUCGUAGCAUGUGGAAACUUUUCAAAAGUCACUACAGUGUUCGUAUUGAUGAUUCCCAAUUUGAUGAGCUCGCCGAAAGGAUGGACUCAAACAAAGAUGGAAGCAUUGACUUCAAUGAAUUUUUAAAGGCUUUCUAUGUAGUGCAUAAAUUUGAUAAGUUGAGCAAAUCAGAUACCAAGCUUGCUUAACAAGAAUUAGGGCUUGCUCCUUGUAAACAAUUAGGCCCAAAUCACUGACAUAAUCUUUGCUACGACCCUUAAAAUUCAUAGUAAGUAGUAGACAAAGUAGAUCCCAAUGCAUGACACAAGCAGAUGUAUAGUGUGGGUAUUGAAAGUCCCCAGUAAGCUGUUAUGGGUAAGACUAGGUUAAAUAUCAGCUGGUAGGAUUUGACUCCAGUGGUGGGACCCAUACUCAGAUAGAAACUAGGUUUACCGUAGCAUUGGUCUCUUGGAUGCCACCUAGAAGUUUGGAAACAUAUUGAAAGGAACCCACAGAGCACCAGAGGAAAGUGCAACAUCUGUGAGGGGCUGAGGGAUGGGAGGAGGAAUACCAAACUGUUAAUGGAAUAAAAUAUUUCCAUCCUUAA